ACCAUCACUGUGAAACAAUAUUCUCUCCUAAAAAGGACGCAUGUACGGCAUAUAAAACCGUUUUACAGAACCAUAGACCAUUAAACAUGACAUCGUUAUAACAAAUACGUCAACUUUAAAUGCAAAAGGACGAGCAUUUUAAUGAUGCUAUUUAACAUGAUGGCACUACUUUAUCACAUGUCCUACACACUCCCCUCCGAGACAGUACUGUAUGUUACCCUGCUACUGUUAAAAAUGUCUUUACUUGUCGUCGCAUCAAAUCCAUAUAUACACUUACACACCUAAAAGAGACUAUUUGUAAUAAAUGCAGGAAAAAGUAUUAAACACUUAUUAUUCGUAUAAAAAUGGAGAGUUGCUACAGCAUUACCGUCCUUCUGGCGAGAUCGCUUGCUGAAUGCCACGCCCCUUUCAUAUUACAAGCCAAUGGAAUACGCGUUCGUCCCAAACACACCGAAAGGGGGCGGGCUUUCAAUCCAAAACCAACCAAUCGUUCGCGGCUGCAGGUCCCAGAUCAGAGCUAGACACGAUUAUACUGUUAAGCAUUAGCGCAUGUGCCACCUCUCGACUGAAUCCGAGUCAGUCAGUAAAUCAUUUCAGCUCAUAUGACUCCCAUUUAGUUUCAACAACAACUUUCGGUUUCACUACAUGAGAAAUGAACUACACAGGGUUCGCAGGAUUCUCCCAAUGGCUUCCACACGCGUGGAGGUCCAACAAAGAAAAGAACGGCAGAGAUCUCCGAGAGCAGAUCAAGAAACUAUCUAGAUCGUCUGCUUUAGAUGAUGCAGGCAUUGAUGAUGUUCAAGUCCUCACUUUGACCAGGGAAGAUCUCAAUGAGCUUUUCCCAGGAAUCAAGAACUUUCAACUCCGAAGGAAGAUUAUGGAGCUUAUAACAGUUGCAGUAAAGGAUUCACCUCAUCCCGGUCCAGAAACAUUUGCCAAUGCCCUGAAGAAUUUAAUGCAACACCGUCAUAGCAGUGAUCCUGCUGUUCAGGACGUGUUAAGAGAGAGUCUUCGAACCUUCAAAGAAGUAGAGGAGCAGCUCAAAGCAGCACAGGCAUCAUUGAAACUGUACAUCGAUGUCUUAAAUGGUCUCAAUGAAGCAUUUGUUGAUAAAGCACACUGGGGUUCAGAAGCAACGUUGGAUAGCAGACAACCACCACAUUUUGGCCCAGCUAAUUCGAUACCAAUGAACAUGCCAAGCUUUUAUGUGGAGCCGUCAGUCAAAGUGCAUUCGCUCGUAUGUGGCCAAACGCUUGGAGCGGAUCGGCAAAUUCUUGGGAUGCUGGAGAAAGUUACAUUUACUGAUAUAGCAGAUUGUCAGCUGAUACUGCUCUUCUGUCCAGUGGUAUCAAGAGCUGGAACUGACAUUGAAGAAGCUCUGAGGAAACUCCCAGGUGAUAAAGCCACAGUUCUAGUAGUGAUGCAUCACACGCACAACCAAAACUAUGUGUGUCCGAGUCCAAACAUAUCAUCAUCAUCUCAAGAAAACCUAGUGGAUCUUGUUAACGUGCUCUUCCACGAUACAGCCAACGGCCUUCUAAUGUGUCCAGAAAAUAAAACUGCAGUGUCCAGAGUUCAGUCUGUUAUACAGCAGUGGCUGUAAAGUUGAACAAAUAUGUUAAGAGUUGGUUUCAUAAAUACUGGAAAUGAAUAAAUAGCAUUUUUAAAAUGGUUGUAUUGUUACGAAAUGUUUACAUUUUUCCAAAAAUUUAUUGUGCAAUAAUUUUGUUUAUAAUAAAAUAUACUUAACUGAUUUAAAUUUUUAUUCUUAUUUGAUCAAAAUACUGCUGCGGGUAAUACACUGUAUGCAAUGUUAAAAAAACAUUAAGGAAACUAAUACGGAUCUGGAAUCCGAAAAGAAUUUGUUAUUCCCACCUAGGUAGUGUGUUUUGUAAUUUCUUGAAGUGCUCGAUAUGUUAUAUCUUCUGU